AUGUGCACUGCUCGAAGGACGUCAUCAUGGCGGACUUCUUCAGAUUCCCAGGGUCUUGGAGAAGCCGAUAUUAUCGCUAUUCAGGAGCGAUGGAACAUCCCGUACACCGACACCACCCAUCGCCCAGCGAAACAGACACAUGAGCUCGUUUUUCCAACCACCAAUGAAUGCGCCGGCGAAAGGACGCGGGUUUGCAUGCUCAUAUCGAAAAUAAUCAGCCAAUGGUCGUAUCGCGCAUGGGGAGACGCCCAGGAAGUAAGAAUUGAGCGCAAGCUAGCCUGGGGUGGAGACGACGCAGUCCAGGAUGCCAGAGCCGAUGCUCUGAUUGAGCUGACCAAUUCGGCCGACCUGAACCUCUGUUUAGCACCUGGCACCAUUACCCGCGAUGAAUCGAGCCAUCAGACUACUAUCGACCUAGUUUUUGGCUGUCACGAUCCAUCGGAGGGCUUCCUGGCUAGCUAG